AUGGCUUCGAUAGAUCAGUCAUAUAUCAUGCUCCCCAAGCACUUGGGUCCCCAGCACCACGACGACUACAUUCUUUACCCUGAGCCACCACAGGGAGUCUUCAGCACAGCACCCAUGGAGAUGAGCAUCCCUGCCGACGCCUCUUACAUGUUCCCAACCUCCAUGGCCAUGGACCACCAGCCCGCCCUCUAUGACAACAACUUUAUGUAUCAAGGCCGCACAUCACCUGGACUCUACGAGGACGCCGAGUUCCAGCUUCCCUCGUCCAACCUUUCCACCGCAUCAGCACCGUCGGCGGCCUCUUCCAACGUCGGCUCGCCCCAAUCCCACAACGACCAGCCGGCGCCAAUUCUUGACUGGGCGCACCCCGGCAUCGCUGUGACCCCGGGCAUCGUGCCCCACGACUACUACAACACCGCCGGCACAGAGUACUCGACCUACGCCGGCCCAGGUAUGGAAGACUUUGCAGCUUUCGAAUUUGCAAACACCAAGCCCCCGGGUUUCGUGGCUGUGCGCGUGCGCGAGCCGGCCCCGGUGCUGGACCUUCAGUCGUCCUCGUCAUCCCCCGUCACUCCCGCAUCGCGCAAAUCAAGCUUGUCUUUUGUCUCUCCCAGUUCUACUUCCUUCUCUUCUCCUCCAGUCCCCGUCCGGGGCCACUCGUCAAAGACUCCUCGAGUCUCUCCUUUCUUUUCUCAGAGCAGCGGUCAUUUCAUCGCUCCUCUUGGUUCUUCUUACCCUUCUUUGAUCCACCCCGACAUCAGCCGCCCCAUGAUGAGCAACUUCCAGAACCCCAACCAAUAUCCCACCUCUCCCGCCCUCUCGCCCUCAUCACAGUCAAUGUCAAUGGUUCGCAACGGCAGUCAAUCGCCAUUCCUCCAUAGCGGCUUCCAACAGCAGCAGCAACAGCAGCAAUUUAGCCCCUACGCCACCCCCGGCGACGCGCGCCGCCCCAGCCUUCACUCAUUUCCCUCAACCUACUCUGACGGCAAUAACUACAGCGGCGAUGAGGGCAAGGAGAAGCAGCGAUGCCCUCAUCCCGAGUGUGGCAAGGUCUUCAAGGACCUCAAGGCGCACAUGCUCACUCACCAGACUGAGAGGCCUGAAAAGUGCCCCAUUGUGACUUGCGAUUACCACGUCAAGGGUUUCGCUCGCAAGUAUGACAAGAACCGCCACACCCUGACGCACUACAAGGGAACCAUGGUGUGCGGUUUCUGUCCCGGCUCCGGUUCAGCGGCUGAGAAGUCAUUCAACCGGGCCGACGUCUUCAAGCGUCACUUGACGGCUGUCCACGGUGUCGAACAGACGCCGCCCAACAGUCGCAAGAAGAGCAGCAGCGCCAACAGCGGCAAGAAGCUCGCGGGGUACCCUCCCGAUGCCACUGGCAAGUGCUCUACUUGCUCGCAGACCUUCUCCAACGCUCAGGACUUUUACGAGCACUUGGACGACUGUGUAUUGCGCAUUGUGCAGCAGGAGGACCCUUCCGAAGCCAUCAACGCCCAGCGUCUGGCUGAGGUCGAGAACGACAAGGAGGUGCACCAGACGUUGGAGAAGAACCAUCUUCCGACGCAGACGCAGAUGCCCUCAAACGAGGAGGAGGACGACGAGGACAUGAUGGAAGACGAGGAUGAGGAAGACAGCAAGCAGCGAGUCAGCGCGUCGCCCAAGAGGAAGGGCAACCCCGUCAACGGCGUCCAAAAGUCGCGCGGCCUCACCCACUCGCGGGGAGGCGGCCCGAUGCCGGUCAAGGCCAAGGGUCGCAAGAACCGACGCGACUACCCGUCGUCUUGGGGCUUCGACAAGGGUCAGAUGACGAUGAAGAAGCGGGUGAUGGCAGUGUUUGAUGGUCCCCGGCGACUGGCCAAGGACGAUAUGAUGCUGUCGACGGAUCACGAGGUGCGCAUCAAGCUCGCGGACGGCAAUAACUACGUGACGGACCUGGACGUGCAGACGCUGAAGCGGGCCGAGGGCUUCCUCGGUGCGACGGACGAGGAGAAGGGGCCGUGGAUCUCUGACGAUCCCACGGAAGAGCAGCUGCGGGAGAUGCAGGCGAUGCUCGAGAGCUGCCAGGCGGCUCAGUAA